CUCUGCCGUCGAGAGGAAAAAGACAAAGUCAGUCUUCCGUUCGCUGGCUAUUUCUAUCGUUGGAAAGGCAUCAUUCAUUUAUCCAUCUAGUUAUAUAUUUGGUGCAUCGUUCGUGCUCUAUUAUCGAGGCUACCUACUACCAGGAUAGGUACCAUCGCUUUCAGCUAGCCUCCCUCUCGAGUCAUCCAAUCACCGUCGGUUCAGUUCCAAUCGCUCACUCUCCUCCCAUCUACUCUCCCCAGUAGUAGAGAAACAAAUCUUCGAAACAAAGUAUCGCCGCCUAUAUAAUCAAUCAAACAAGUAGGCGAUUAUUCAAUCCAUCCAUCGACAUGCAUUCAGCCGUUCGACGAUUCGUCGGCUCGACUGCCGUCCUGCUGCUCGCUGCCAGCGUCGCAUCUCAGACGACUACUCCAGCUCCUACCCAUGCGACCACAAGCGCUCCCACCCCGUCUAUCACAGCAGUUUCAGAUUGCCAUCCCCAUAGUACCGUACUAUGGUGCAUGGCUGGUACGGAGGAAUACCAGAUCGUCGGGCCUACCAAAACAGAAGAGUUCGAGGCCCAGUACACUGGAUGCCACGCGCAUGGUACCGAUGUAUAUUGCUUGGACCCUGAUGGUGAGGAGGUCCAAGUCCUCAUCGAACCCGAAGAUGAAGACGAACACAACCACACCGAGGAAGAUCCUCAUGCGGGUGAGGGACAUUGCCAUUUCCACGCCGGCGUCGAACACUGUGUAGGUGGAGCAGAGCAAACUUGCGAACGCGUCGAUCGAGACUACAACAUCCCCCUACGUGUUGGUCUUCUCUUCGUGAUUCUCUUCACCAGCGCCCUAGGAGUCUUCGUGCCUAUCAUCGCGACCACGUUCACUCGCAUGUCGAUGAACAACAUCAUCUUUGUCAUCCUGAAGCAGUUCGGAACGGGUGUCGUCCUUUCCACGGCCUUCAUUCAUCUCUUCACGCACGCCCAUUUGAUGUUCACCAAUGACUGUCUCGGCGAGCUGUCCUACGAAGGUACCACUGCCGCCAUUCUCAUGGCCGGCCUCUUCCUGUCCUUCCUCGUCGACUACAUCGGCGCACGCUUUCUCGCCUGGCGCCAAUCUCGCGCCCGUCCAGCUGAACCCGACAACUCUAUCUCGCACACAUCCACUCCCACUCCCAGCGAAUCCGAGCGCAAAAGCGGCAACGUCACCCCAGCUCCCGCUACCGCCCUCACGCACUCCGACCACCACGGCCCUCACGUGCACGGCAGCACCGACGGCAGCCCCGUCGACGAGAAACUCAGCGUGACCGUCCUCGAAGCCGGCAUUGUCUUCCACUCUCUCCUCAUCGGCCUCACCCUCGUCGUCGCGGGUGACUCCUUCUUCCUCACUCUUUUCGCUGUCAUCCUCUUCCACCAGAUGUUCGAGGGCAUCGCGCUGGGCACUUGCAUCGCGGCCAUCCCAUCCGCCAAAGCCGGCACCCUCCGCAAGUUAAUCAUGGGCACCAUCUUCGCGCUCAUCACGCCAAUCGGUAUGGCCAUUGGCAUCGGCGUCCUCAACCACUUCAACGGCAACGACCCCUCCACCCUCAUCGCUAUCGGCACGCUCGACGCUUUCUCUGCCGGCAUCCUCGUCUGGGUCGGCGUCGUGGAGAUGUUGGCGAGGGACUGGCUUCAUGGACCGCUGCUCAACGCGGGUCUCGUCAGGACGGUCGUCGCUAUGUUUGCGCUGAUAUGUGGCAUGAUCCUCAUGAGCGUGUUGGGUAAAUGGGCGUAAUCAAUCACCCCUCAUCGAUGUCAUCCUGCAUCACGAACGAUUUCAUGCCUUCCCCCCUUCUCUUUCUCUUUCUCUUUCCCUCCUUUUUUGUUUAUUUUGGCGGCGGUGGGUAGUAAUUACGAACCCAAUGACUUCUCAGGUACAUAUUCAUUCAUCUCUCCGGGAUUUGAUAUAUUCCCAGCACUAGAUCAUCUUCAGCAUUAGCACGGACAUUUAGGUGGAUAAGUAUGCAUGCAUUCAGGCAUGCAGUGGAGCGGUAGGAGGCGAGGAAGAUUGAGAGCGAAAAAGUCUUUGAAUUGAAUUGGAUACCCGGACGUGUUUCCGAUGGAGGAGUAGAUAGAUAAGUAGAUAGGUAGGAAUCUCAAGC